AUGGAGUAUUUGAUUCGCUUCGCACAAGUCCACGAGUCGUUUCGAAAGCCGGAGAUUGAAUCUCUCGCGGCGCUCGUUGGGACCAAUAAAGAUUACCCGCAGAAAGAGAAAAUAGAACCUACCCUUCCCUGUUAUUUUUACGACUCUAAUCCUAACUCUUCCCCGCAGACACCAUUUGCCAUUGUUAAACUCCAAGAUGAAGCUGUUGCGAGAGCAGUCAUAGCUCGCAGUGUCCUUGCAAAGGGCAUAUAUGAGAUCUGGGGACAAGGCCAAACAUAUGAAGACCUCCAUUCAGAUAUCAGUAAGCGGACUGCAGCGCGAUGGAGCGACUUCAAAGACAAGUCAUUCAAAUUCUCCGUAGACUCAUAUGCCGGGAAACGCUCAGCAGAGGAGAAAACUCAAAUAAUCCAUUCAUUCGCCUACAUGGAUUUUCAAGGCCCUAUCAGAAUGACUGACCCGGACGAGGAGUUCUGUUUAUUCGAGGAAUACCCACGCCGCCCAGUAAAGCCAGGAGAAGCCCGCCCUGACCCAAACGUGAUCUAUUUCGGUAGGUGGAUUGCAUGCGGGAGCAGAGAUGUUAUAGAUAAAUAUGACUUGAAGAAACGAAACUAUAUUAGUACCACGUCGAUGGAUGCUGAGUUGACGCUGGUCACAGCAAACAUGGCACUGGCAGCGCCAGGAAAAGUGUUCUUUGACCCCUUUGUGGGGACCGGGAGCUUCUGUGUUGCCAUGGCGCAUUUUGGAACUCAUGCGUUGGGUUCUGAUAUUGAUGGGCGCAGCUUCGGUGGUAAAGAGAGGCAAAAGGGCAAAUCCAUGGGUCUCGUCUCGAACCUUGAACAAUACGGCAUACAGCAGUAUUUUUUGGAUGCUUUUAUUUCAGACCUGACCAACACGCCAGUCAGAACGACGCAGUUUCUAGAUGGCAUCAUCUGCGACCCUCCGUACGGCGUUCGAGAAGGAUUGAAGGUUCUGGGAAGCAAGGAUGACGGGUACAUCGCACCCAAAAGGCCCUACAGCUUCGACGCAAUGCUAGACGAUAUCCUCGACUUCGCGGCCCGCACCCUUGUCCCAGAUGGGAGGAUUUCUCUUUGGAUGCCCACUGCCAAUGAAGAUGAUGUAGAACUUGAAAUCCCAAGCAAUCCGCAUCUAGAACUUCUAAGCGUCUGCGUGCAACCUUUUGGCCACUUACUUUGCAAAAUCCAAACCAUCCCCUCAAGAAUAGCUCUGAGAAUAAUGCAACACAAUGAAGUCACCGAGGGGGCCAUCAUUCUCGACGCUCAUUCCCAUGGCCUCGGUAAUACUCUCCUGCCUAUUGACUAUUACUGGAUGACGAGGAACCAGUCCAUGAUUAAUUUAUAG